AUGAUCGAGGAAAGCCGUUUUCAAUUUGGAGAUUUGGUUUUCGCGAAAGUCAAAGAUUUUCCAUUCUGGCCAGCUAGAAUCGACUGCCUCCGACUUUCAGCCUACAAAAAUGGGGCUCAAUCUGAUCAACCAACCAAUUCGAUAUACUGGCCAGUUUUCUUCUAUGGAACACAUGAGCUCUUGUGGAUUCAUGAUCGAAAUCUGAAGCCAUUUGAAGCCAACAGAAAAGAGCUCGGAACCGCCUCAAAUCUGAAGAGUUUCAGGCAAGCGAUGGUCGAAGCAUUUACCAAACCUUUGGUCGAUUUUCAGGGACAGUUCAAAGAAUGUUCAACCAAGCCAGAGCGUGAAAAAAUUAACGCUUGGUUGGACGCUCUUUCGGAAGAAAAACUUGAGACCGGAUGGGACGAGCUUGUCAACGAAACGAAUUCUGGCUCCUCUGAAGACUCAGAAGAGUCGGACAUGGAAGUUGAUGGUGCUGAAGAGCUUCAUAAGGACGAAAAUACUUUCAUAAAGAUGGCGAGUUUGGAGGUUGAUGAUUCUUUUGGGAUGAUGUUUGACAGGCCGCUUUAUGGAAGAGUCGUUUCUAAGAAUAAGAAGAGCAUCAAAGCGCAGUUUUAUUCCAGAGCAACAAGGACUACUGACGAGUAUCACUGUAGAAAUCCGAAGAGCCAUCCGAUUCCGAUUGAUCAACAGGGAUUUAUUUUCUAUCAUUAUGACAAGAAAUUCGUUGAUUACGAAGACGAAAGCGGAGUAAAAAUCAUGAAGAUGCUGACCCACGAACACGACGAUGUCGACCAAGAAUGGGAAAAGUGGAACAUCCACGUGAUGAAGUUUCUGUCCGCCUCAAAAUGA